GAAACGAAUCGUUUUCGGGAUUUGGGAGUCGACCGCAGUAGCCUUCUUCUCUGCAACUUCGUUAGUUAAGUUUCCAAUUUUCUCGUUACUUCUUCUCCAAGCUUGUUUCUGGAAAUGUAGUGACGUUCAAAAUCUAUGAAACUGUUUGCAACCAUUUAGUCAAAUCUCCUCUCUCCAAUUUCUUCAACAAACAAACAAAAAAGAUGCGAGUAUUGGGUGGUUUUUUCUGGGCAUAAAAUCGCGGUAACUGAACCAACCUACUGUGUCUGAAGCUUCCUUUAUUUCUUUGUCCUCGCAUUUCCUUCCUUCCACAUAUUCCCUAAGAUUUUUGGGUUUCCUGGAUUCGCAAUCCCAUUCCUUUUUUUUACUGAUUUGGCCAUUUGGGCGUUGCUAUGUGAUUGUCAUCCAAAGUGGAACCAUUUGGAGUUGAACUGGUGAGUGAAGAUUAAAUUGUUGGAUUUUGGAGUAUUGACACAUUGCUUACUUGGUUUUGGAUCGAAUUUUGGGGUUUUGUGUAAUUGUUCCUGGAAUUUUGGAGCUUUUGAGGAGUGAUUGAUACAUUGCUUUAGUGGGUUUUGGAUUUGGGGUUGUUGGGUUGGUGAGUUUGGAUGGAUGAAGUUCAAGGCAUUACUGGAUCUUUACCUCCUUUUCUUUCCAAGACGUACGAAAUGGUGGAUGAUUCGUCCACUGAUUCAAUUGUGUCUUGGAGUGCUGGUGAUAAAAGCUUCAUUGUGUGGAACCCUCCAGAGUUUGCCAGAGAUUUGCUGCCCAAGUAUUUUAAGCACAACAACUUCUCUAGCUUCAUUAGGCAGCUCAACACAUAUGGUUUUCGAAAGAUUGAUCCGGAACAAUGGGAAUUUGCGAAUGAUGAUUUUGUUAGAGGCCAGCCGCAGCUUAUGAAGAGCAUCCAUAGACGAAAGCCGGUGCAUAGUCAUUCUUUGCCGAACCUGCAGGUACAAGAACAAGGGAGUUCAUCGUUAUCCGAAGCCGAAAGAAAGAGUAUGAAGGAUGAAAUUGAGAGGCUUAACCAUGAAAAAGAAUGCCUUGCAGUGGAGUUACAGAGACAUGAGCAGGAAAGGCAGGGAAUGGAGUUGCAAAUGCAGUUCUUGAAGGACCGCUUGCAACAUAUGCAAGAGCAGCAGCAAUCCAUGGUGGCAUUUGUGGCCCGAGUUUUGCAGAGACCGGAGCUUGCCUCAAAUCCUGUACCGCAGUUUGAACUCCGUGACCGAAAGAGGAGGUUUUCAAGUGUCGAUUGGGCCUAUGAUAAUGUCAGCAUUGGGAAUGGUCAGAUGGGGAGUUGGCAAAAUGUGACUAGAGAAAAUAUGGAGAUGGGAAAGGUACUGGAGUUGGAGUCAUUCCUGACAUUUUGGGAAGAUACUAUUCGUGAAGUUGGCCAGACUCAACUUCAUGCUAGUACUAACUUGGAGUUGGCUGAAUCUACGAGCUGUGGCGAAAGCCCAGCUGUAUCCUGCAUGCAACGUAGUGUUGGCCAUCAAUAUAAAUUGCCAGCAAUUGAUAUGAAUUCGGAGCCUGCUGCAGCUGUUUCGCCUGUGCUUGCUGAAAGUGUUUCUCCUGUACCUGCUGGGAGUGUUUCUGCCGAGCCUGCUAGAAGUGUUUCUCCCGAACCGGCUAGAAGCGUUUCUCCCGAGCCUGCUAGAAGUGUUUCUCUUGAGCCUGCUAGAAGCGUUUCUCUUGAGCCGGCUAUAAGCGUUUCUCUUGAGCCUGCUAGAAGCGUUUCUCUUGAGCCUGCUAGAAGCGUUUCUCUUGAGCCUGCUAGAAGCGUUUCUCUUGAGCCUGCUAGAAGUGUUUCUUUUGAGCCUGCUAGAAGUGUUUCUUUUGAGCUUGAUGCCUCAAAACAAACCUCAAAAGAACAAACAGCAAAACUUUCUGGUGCUGGUGUCAAUGACAUGUUUUGGGAACAGUUCUUGACAGAGAAUCCCGGUUCAACUGACUCGCAGGAAGUACAGUUGGAAAGAAAGGAUUCUGAUGGUAGGGGGAACGAAUUUAGUGCCAGUGAGCAUGGCAAGUCGUGGUGGAGUAUGAGGAAUGUAAAUAACCUUACAGAACAGAUGGGUCAUCUUAGUUCAGUAGAGAACACAUGA